AUGCAUUAUUCUAGUAUGUGACUUGUCAGAUCUUAGAAGCGAAGGAAACGUGUUUUUAUUAAAUAGCUGGAUGCAAAAAUUGUUUUGUAUAAUUUUUAGCCGCGUAACCUGGACAACGCACAAUGUGUAAAACCCCACAGAAAAAAUUAUUAGCCUUUACCGGCAUUAGUCAUAUUAAAUUCAUAUAAAAAGCUAAGUGAUUUUCAACAAAUACAGAAAUUAACAAUGUCCGAUAAAAUGAAAGAAGCAGAAUAUGUUUCUGAUUUAAGCUAUGAAUCAGAAAUCAGUCCAGAAAGUCGAGUUGAAGAAUUAGCUCAAGAAAUGGGCAUCGACCAAAAGAAAUUGAUGUGGAAAAUAGAUCUAUGGGUAGUUCCUCCGUUUUGUUUAUUGUAUUUUCUUUCAUUUUUAGAUAGAGUUAAUAUUUCAAAUGCUAAUGUUUAUGGAUUAUCUUCCGAAUUAAAUUUAACUGGUACUCAAUAUAAUACAGCAUUAGUUGUAUUCUUUGUCCCAUAUAUAUUUUUUGAAGUGCUUGCUAAUUAUGCUAUAAAGUUUAUAAAGCCUCAUAUUUGGUUAUCAGCUUUAGUUUUUUCCUUUGGUGUCGUUUCCAUAGGAAUGGGUUUUGUUACAAAUUUUGGAGGUUUAGUCGCAUGCAGAUUCCUUAUUGGUGUCACAGAAAGUUCUACAUUUCCAUCAAUAUUUUAUUUAUUAUCAACAUAUUAUAGUAAAGCUGAAAGUCAACGUAGAGUUUCGGGAUUCUUCUCCUGUACUGCAUUAGCUGGUGCUGCUUCAGGUGCAAUUGCGUACAAAAUUAACGAAUUAGAUGGAAGAUACGGGUUAAGUAGUUGGCAAUGGAUUUUCAUUGUUGAAGGUGCUGUUAGUUCUGGGUGUGCUAUUAUCUUGUUUUUUUUAAUUGCCGAUUUUCCUGAAGAAUCAAGAUUCUUAAAUGAUAAUGAAAAACAUUUUUUAAAAAGAAAAUUGGAGAUACUAAGUGGUGUUUCUUCAGCUUUUGAAAUAAAGAAUACUCUUUCAGAUGUUGGCAAAUGUUUUAAAGAUUGGAUGAUCUGGUUACCUGCUUUAACCUAUUUUGGAUUAAUUAUUCCAUCUUAUGGAUAUGCUUAUUUUGCAGCUACUAUUAUUAAUGAAAUGGGUUAUACAGCAGUAGCAGCUCAACAACAUUCUGUAUAUCCAUGGGUAUGUGCAUUUGGGGUUAUUAAUAUUGUUGCAUUUGCUUCUGAUAAAUGUCGAAAAAGAAUUCCAUUUUUUCUUGGAUGUUGUAUAUUUGCAUUAGUUGGAUUAGCUAUGAUAUUGGGUGCUUCAGAUAACCCUAAAAUUAGAUAUGGUGGUUGCUUUUUAACAGCAUCAUCCCUUUAUACUGCAAUGCCUUUAAUUGUGGGUCAUGCUUCAUUGAAUCAAGGAAGUCAUAUCAGAAAAAGUGUAGGAACAGCAUGGCAAAUUGGUUUCGGUAACAUUGGAGGAAUAAUUGCUUGCUACAUCUUCCUUGCUAAGGAUUCACCUGUUUAUAAACCAGGUUUGGCAACUUCAUUAGCCAGUGUAUGUUUUGCAAUAAUUUGUUCGAUAGGUUACGUGUUUAAUUGCUAUAGAUUAAAUAAAGCCAAGCAGACAGAAGCUUAUAGAGUCCAGUUUGAAAGUCUAACUGAAAGAGAGCAAUUGAAUCUUGGAGAUCGAAAUCCAAAAUUUGUAUACUUCUAUUAA